UUAGUGUACAUUUUCACAAUUUGGGUCUGCCAUCUUUUAUUUCGAUAAUUUGUGUCUCAUGGUUCUUGUUUUUACUUGCUGUCUUUGUCUUUAAUUGUCUACCGCUUUAAUGUACCUGUUUAUUUCUACCUAUGUUAAUAUUAUCACAUUGUAGUAGUGUUUUUUCCAUUUUGCUCAUAAUCAGCUAACAUAUUUGAUUCACCUGAUUUUUUUCUGGAAUUACAAAAAACAACAACAACAAAAAAAAACUUCCUGACUUUGUGGUCAGGAUCAGUUUGUCAGAGCUCUAGAAGUAUGAGGAAAUACAGUGUCACUAAUUCCCGUCACUCCUUCACAAACAAAUAUCAUUUACCGGUUUUCUGUACUCACAAAAGUGGACUUUGGAUCUAAAUAGCACAAUUACCUUUGGGCAAAAAUCCUAACACCCUUAGAGCUGCAGAACAUACUGAUCAUCAUGUAAAGAUAAACUGCUCAAUAUCUUGAUCUCAGACAUAUUAAAAGGUUUAGAGAGUUCACAGGAAGAAGUGAGCGCCUGAUAAGUGUGUUGUUAAAAUGGUCCAUUAAAUAGACCUGCUAUGAGUCUGGACCCUUAAAGAAGGAUCAGUCACAAGGACUUUUUAUAUAAGCUGGAUUCAUUUUAUGUUAAUAAAGAUUGAAUAUGAAUAAAACUUUGAUAUGAAGCAUUGCAAGGUUAGGGUGAGGUUUUUUCAGCAAACUGGGUCGAGGAGCAGAUGAAAACUAUCAGAACAUUUUCUACAUGUUACAAACUGUUGUUCUGCACUGUCAUCCAGCUUUUAUAUAAAGUGCAGUGAGAGGUUUCCUUCAGUGUCUGAGUGUAAUCAGGUUCACUCUCUCACAGUAAAACAUAGAUUCACUGUCAGUUAACCAUCAUUGAAAGUUACUUGUUGUUUUCCUUGUAGUUUGUCUUGAAGUCAUAAAGAUUACAUUAGUCAUUAAUUUACUAGAAUUACUUAUGCCCUCAGUUAUCAUAGGGUUACUGAAUCUAAUGAAACAGUGACCUCCCCUUUGUACUGUGUAAUAUAAAAGUCAGUCAAGUUUGCAGAUGACACAGUUUUCACUGACAGAAUGGAGAUCAUGGUGUUUUUCUCGCUGUUGCUUCUGGUCUGCUCUGUUUCCACAAAUCAGACAAAGGCAGAUAAUGAAAUUCUUGACCAUCAGAUUUUAAACCAACAGCUCUGUCCACAUGACAUUAAUGCUGUGCUGAGAGAGAUGGCGGUCUCAAUGGCUGGACAGAAAGUGAGGAUCACAUUUCUGGAAAAAGAGAAUCAAGAUCAGGCAGCAAAGCUGGAGAGUCAAAAGACUGAAAUAGACAAACAGAAGACUGAAACUGAGCAGCUGAAGCUGCUGUCCAAAGAACAAGCAGCAAAGCUGGAGACUGAGAUUAACCAGCUGAAGCAGCAUUCAGAAGAACAAGAAGCAGAGCUGGAGAGUCAGAAAGCUGAGACUGACCAGCUGAAGCAGCAACUAAAAGGCCAACAGGUGGCUUUCUCAGUCUCUCUGCUGGAUCAAGGUUAUGGAGAUACUGGACCCUUUAACACAGAGAUUCCUCUGAUCUUCAAAAAUGUUAUAACAAACAUUGGAAAUGCCUACAACCCACAGACAGGUAUUUUUACUGCACCAGUGAGAGGAGCCUACCACCUUGACUUGAAAUUAUAUGGCCAUGCGGGAAUUCAGACAGGCGGUUUGUUGCUCAGGAAUGGAGAGAACAUAUUUCUUGCACAUGAACAUCAAUCAACUGCUGGUGGGGUGAGCGCCUCUAAUGGAGUCUCACUGCUUCUAGAGGUUGGAGAUGAGGUGUCUGUACAUCUCUGGGCUAAUUCAAUGGUAUAUGAUGGUGCAAAUCAUGAUACCACCUUCAGUGGUCAUCUGAUUUUCACCAUGUGAGAGGUGUGACAGCUCCAACACUCCCUGUUUGGACUGCCAUUUGUGGAAAGUGCUUAGGAGUAAAACAGGAAGUAAAUCACUUGCUGGAAUCAGUUCCUUGCUCUCUGUUCCCUCUCUCCCUUUCUGGUUGGGUUCUAGUUUUGUGUGUUUCUACUUCUCCUCUGAUUCUACUGACUCUGAUAAUUUUCUUCUUGUUAUCUCUAAUUCCAAUAAAACCAGUUAAAUGCUCAGUGAUUCUCACCUCUUUAUCCUUUCUUUGAUUCAGGUCUUCAUAAAGUGCUGUUCCUCCAUUAGGCAAUGACUAUUUUCUGUAAGUUGGUAAACACCAUUAAACAGCUGAUUUAGAUAUCAAAAUGUGUGUCAGUGCUGUGGAAGAAUUUCUGGAAGAUGAAACGUUUCCUUAUUUUUUAUCUGUAUGCAAAUCAAAAUCCAGACAUGGAUAACUGGCUGUAAGCUUACUCAGGUAAUUUAUUUUAAUUCUUUAGUUUCAAAAUAAAAGCAAAAACCAACCCUGUGUAGUUCUUUAUAUGUGUUUCAUACAUAGAGAUAAAAUCUACACAGGAAUGAGGGACCACAACAAUCAUGAUUUUAACCAAUAACAUCACAGUUUGAUAAUCUUUUUAACAGCAAAGUUUUCCCAGUUCAAUGUCUUGGUGAUAGAAAAACAGGAAGAAGAAUUGAUUCUCUUAACAUUUGAAAGUGAAAAUUUAACAGUAUUUCCUGUUUACAUUUAAUUUUACAAUAACAGAAUACACAGCACGAGACAAAGUUUUCCAACAGAUGUCUUUCUGAAAGCGCUGCUACCAAAUUCAAGUAUGCGAUUGUUGGGCAUUGUUAUCUUUUUCAAUGUCAUGUGCCAAAACAAUACAGAGCAGCUACCUAACCUCUACAUCAUCCGAACAUACAACCUCGCAUACUCUGGCUCCUCUUAAAAAAACAAACACACAAAAAAAACCCCCCGUCAGAAAUCAGGUUCUUGACUCCCUGGUACAAGUCACAAAAGUGCACCUUAAAACAGGUAAUAUGCAAGCAGGAAAUGGCAUUGCACUCAUUUUUAAGAUCUUCAUUUGAAUUUUGAAGUUCUUCAAAUAAACCAUUCAUUUUCAAUCAGGAUUCAGAAUCGCAGUAUAGAAACAGCUUUAGUGAAGUUUACAAAUGAUCUUCGUAUGGCCUCUGACAGUGGACUCCCUUAGACCUAUAGCAUUUAAUACAGUUGACGACAACAUUUUACCACUCAGUUUGGAAUGUGCCAUUGAUAUUGAAGAUAUUGCGGUGAAGCAUAUCUAUCUAAUAUAUGUCCAACACAUGCAUGUAAAUUUUGGAGUCAUUUUAUUCAUAUUAU